AAAUGAAACAUGAGUUCAGACUUGUCGGCUGAGCGAACGUAAUGCAAUCGGCGAAACGUCUGUAUUUAACUGAUUUGUAAUUCGGAUUCCUAAUCGCUAAAAGGGAGAUAUGAUAUUAUUUUCGUUAUCUAAAAACUGUGCCGAUCGUCUACGCGAGUGUUGAUUGUAAUGCCGAAGUGUAUUGAUUACAUUUACAAGUGAUUUAUGUGCAGUGGUUUUGUACAAGAUUGGUUUGGAAGCAUUUUGCCGAGAUAAUCUCCCAGUUGUCUUAGUUGGAACAUUAGACUGAGUCAAAAUGCAAGCGAUCAAGUGUGUAGUUGUGGGUGACGGAGCUGUCGGUAAGACCUGCCUCCUCAUCAGUUACACCACAAACGCCUUCCCCGGGGAGUACAUACCAACAGUAUUCGACAACUACUCCGCGAACGUGAUGGUGGACGGUAAGCCCAUAAACCUGGGCCUGUGGGACACGGCUGGCCAGGAGGACUACGACCGGCUGCGGCCGCUCUCCUACCCACAGACCGACGUGUUCCUCAUAUGCUUCUCGCUCGUCAACCCCGCCUCCUUCGAGAACGUCCGCGCUAAGUGGUACCCAGAAGUGAGGCAUCACUGCCCGUCAACGCCCAUCAUCCUCGUGGGCACGAAGCUCGAUCUCCGCGAAGACAAGGACACCAUUGAGAAGCUGAAGGACAAAAAGCUAACGCCCAUCAUUUAUACAUCAGGCCUAGGCAUGUCCAAGGAAAUCGGCGCGGUGAAGUACCUGGAGUGCUCGGCGCUGACCCAGAAGGGGCUGAAGACGGUAUUCGACGAGGCGAUCCGCGCCGUGCUGUGCCCCGUGCAGCCGGUCAAGGUGAAGCGGAAGUGUUCGAUACUGUAAGGAUUGCGACGCGUCAGGAGAGAGUAGAGGAAGUACGACGCAAGUGUAAACAGCCUAGCUUAAAGAAAUAGCGCACCAAACGAUCCGUCUUCUAUGGUAUCACCACAGUGCUGUAUGAACUAAUGUAACAUGGACUGCAAUUGAAUGCAAUGCAAUAGAUGUUAAUUCUUAAAAUGUUAAAAUAAAUACGCGUCAUUUAUUACGUCAAAUGGGUUGGUGUGAGUGAGCUCCGUAUUUGUAAACGCUUUUGUAUAAUCUGUGGAGUGACAGCUGACGUUUGACAGUUGUCUAUGGUUAAGUGACAUCUCUGUUUAUGGGAACAUACUGGUCAGGUUUUUUUAUCGAGUUGUAAUUCAUAAUUAUUGAUAUUUGGGUGCUUUUUCUAUCGCGACUUGUAUUCAAAAUAUUAAAAAUACAUUCCUACACUCUUGCUUGAACACCUAACGUCGCCAUUUUUGUUGAUCCAUCGACGGCAGAUUAAAAAAUAUAUGUAUUAUAUUUCCCCCCACUUUUGGUGCGUUGGUGUUUUCGAAAUGUGGAAUUGUUGAAAUUUUUUGUGUUAGACAGAGAUUAUAUUUUUCGAUUUAUUAUUAUUAUUAUUAUUAUUAUUGCUUAUUUUGUUCCCAAUUUGAUUGAUUGUUGUAUUUCAUUAUUAGGUGUCUGUAAGUACAUACACAGUAUUCGCUAAAAAUGUUUUAUAUAAAUAUUUAAACUUUCGUAUACUGUAUGUAAUGUGUAUUAAUAAAUGUUUUACAAUACUAUAUCAAUAUUUGUAUGGUAACACUGUCUAGUUGACUAAAUUUGCAUUUCAAUGUAAUGAAAAGAGUGAUCGUUUUAUGUGUAACUUAACAACUAUCAACGAAUAACUUUUAUCAUAGUGUCUAUAUAUGUCCGACUAAACAAAAUUCGAAAAAUCCGCAUUUAACAAAAAAAAAACAAGUUCCAUUUUCAAAAAAUAUGCAUUGAAAAGCAAAGUUAACUAAUCUGACGGUACUUUUUAUGUUAAAAGUUAUGUAGAGGUAUUACGAUUUCUUUUUUUUUUUAAAUUAUGGAAAUCAACUGCUUAUUAAAUAAAUUGGAUAUUAACAACGUUGAUUUUAUCUUAAGUAAUGUUUUUUAUGUAAUCAAUAGGCACAAAGUAGCAGUAAAAAUUAUCGUUGCCAACAUAUUUUAUGUGUUUUAAUGUUAUUAAUAAAUUAUUAGGCUACCCGCGUUUCACUUGUAAAAUCUACGCCCAUUGACCUCUUAUAAUAAAAGGACGCACAAUCAUGUAGAAAAUUUCACUUGAAAAAUGGUGAAUUUUGCUUUGACAGUUUUAGAAUUAUUGGUAAAGAAAAUUGUACCUAUAGUCCAAUAUUCAGUAAAAUCCCAAAUUCAGAGCGAAUUCAACCUUAAAGAUUGAGUUUAAGGUUGAAUUUGCAAAUGUGACUACUUGAAUUGAGUGCCAAGAAGUUGUGCUUAGCACUCAUUGAAUUUUGGUCGGUGAUUGUGCAUCCACUUUUUAAUAGGUGAUCGAUGUCUACACCCAAUACUUUAGCACCCGUGAAAUGCGUUAUACAUAUCGAAGUUUAGCUAGAGGACAGUUGAAUGCAAUUUAAAUAAUUAAAUAAUAAAUUGUUUUGAUGAUAAAUUGUACAUUAAAUGAUGGUUUUACUGAUUAAUUGCAUUGAUUAAUUUGUUCACGAUUUUGUUUGGAUCGAUUUGUUUAUUGCAUCAAAUGAGGGUAACUUUGAAUUUCAGCACAAAAAUAUGUGUAAGUGUUAUAUUAUGAAUUAUGCCAGUGUUUUGUAUGAUAUAUGUCAUUUUAAUUUUUGUAUUGUAUGGUUAAAUAGUGAUGGCUAAAAUAGUGGCUGUAAAAUAAUAGAAUUUUUAAAUUAAUUAUUCGACUGGGCAUUCAAUUUUUAUUUAAAAUUAAUAAGUAUCAGUAUUACACAGAAAAGCAUUUAAACCAAUUAAGUUUUACUGAAAAUCAAAGUUACCUUGUGUUUUUUUUAGUAUUUUAUUUUUUAAUUUUCAACAAUGUCCUUAUUAUCAUCAAACAAGCUGUAAUAUUCAAGUCUUAUUAAAACUUCUAAAGGUUACUGUGAAAUGCCGCACAAUUAUUAAUUUAAGCAACUUUGACCAAGUUGGGACUUUUCUGAUUGGUCGCUUAGUCCUUGGGAGACAUUUUUCGUAAAAAGAAAGUGUGAUAAAUGGGUUUAGCCUUUAAUUGACGAACACGGCCUUUUAUUAGUUUUUAUAUUACGCCUAAAUAACAUUUUAAUUGUCCACGCGACACUUGUACUGAUGUUUCGAUUGCUUUUGAACUGUUACAGCGUCUCCACAUUACCAUAUUUUAUAUCAUAAUGGGACACUGUUGUCCCAUUUGCAUGUCCCUCGAUAUAUGAUGGUAUAGUGUGGAAACGCCCUUAGAAAUAAGUUAAUUACUGUCUAAAUCCACUCCUAAAAUAAGUAAUAGUACACGUAAAAACGCUAAGGAAUGUGCAAUUGUUAUUGCUUUGUACUAUCGACAUCGAUGCCAUAGACAAUUUUUACUUAUUGAAAAUGAAAUAUUUGAAAAUGGAAUCUUAGCCGCUUCGUUAUAUUUUAUUUUUUUCGUAAGCAUAAACAAUUGCACAAAAUAGGUAAAUAGCUGGUAAGGUUUUAAUGUAUUGUUCAGAUGCAAAUAUUUAGAAGAAACGGCGUGUAAAUAACGGUAAUUUUAGUAUGAUUAAAAAAAAAAAACUAAAAUGUAAGUGAUCGGGCCAUUUACUAUGGCGUUGCAUUUUUUAUAUCCUAGGAAUCAUAUAAUAGGGAGCUUCGAUCACAUUUUUUAUACAUAUUAGUUAGUAUGUGUAUUUGCUAUCAUUAAUAAAGGAAUUAUUACUUUAAUAUCUAUUAAACCUUUCAUUACUUGUGCGCUAACUAGUACCUAUGUCAAUAACCUGUAUUUUAUUAAGUGGUGUCCUGAAAUAUAAUAAACAUAUUUUUCUAUGAACAUUUCAAAAUGAGAAUCUAUUGGAACAGUUUUAAAAGUUUCUGUACAAUAACCGAGCACUUCCAGAAAGAACUUGUAACUUAAUGGAAAAAAAAAUAAUUAUCGAUAACAUAAGGUAUGCUUAACAACACUAGAGGUUUUAUUUUUUAAAUGUGAUUUUAUUAAGUUACGGAAGUGCUAGAACCCAGUCUCUCAAACUAUCUUUACAUACAUUGCGUCAAAGAAAAAAUAAUGUGUGUCCAUGAUUUGUCUAAAUGAUUUAAAUCUUUAGUUAUGUUAGUCGGGGAUCCGUAGAACAAUUUUUACAACUGAUUACUAUCAAGUUAAUUUUUUGUGAGUAGCUUCAUCUCGAUCAGACGAUCAACUUUUUUAUUCACGAAAAUUCUUGAUUCUGGUAGCUAACUGAGUUACCAGGAAAUAAAAUUUCGAACGAGAUAAUUUACCACGGAAUUUGUAGGACAUUAUGGCUGUUAAGUUGUAUAACUAUUAAUUAAGCAACAGUUUAUAUCCUGGUAAAUCAGUUAACUACCAGAAUCAAGAAUUUUCGUAAAUGAAAAAGUUUAUCUUCUUAUCGAGAUAAAGCUACUCAAGAAAACUUGAUAGUAAUCAGUUGUACAAAAUAUUCUACAGAUCCCUGACUGUCUUGUAUGACUGGGUAAAAACUAGUACAAUCAACACAACUUCUGAAACAGUGCAAAUCAUUAUCUUGUAUUAUUAUUAAUCAAAAAUGUGUAGAAAAAAAAAAUAUUAUUCGACCAAUAUAGUUUCAAUUGUUUAAGGUGAAAUAUAUUUAACGCUAUAAUAAUAUUUUCUGAAAAAUUUUAGUGUUUUAUUUUAGGUUUUAAAAUGGUGUUGUGUCUUUCACUGUACAUGUAUUUGUAGCGUUGUUUAUUUCGAUUAUGGCAUCAUUAUAACCUCAAAGGAAAACGAACCUAAUGACCUUUGUUUUAAAGUCUGAAUUUAUCUACAAAACCUAUCUCUCAUUUUCAUUUGGUAAUGGUCUUAAUGUCAUUUGUGUAAGGGGCUGUCAAUUUUAGUUCAGGUUUUAGUUUCGGGACUUUUUUCGUGGCUCUGAGUCUAUGUAGUAUAUUAUACAGAGCUACAGCCUACAGCUACGAAGGCAAUGCUAAAACCGGACAUACACGAACAGCUUGAAGUAUCUAUUCUGGGUCGACUGCUUCAAGCUGCGACUGCAUAGCAUACCAUCGAGCAGUUAUCAAUGCCAGUUUUAAGCUGUUGCCUCUAACUGCAAGAGCGGUCCAAGCAUCGAUCGCAGAUCGUUAGAUGGGCCUCAAAGCGUCGCGGAAUUGUCAUUGGUUUUGCACAUUGAGUACGUCAUCACUCGUAACACUAUUCUCUUUAUUCAUGUUGUGGCUUGUGUUUUUACACUCCCAAAAUGAACACGAAGGCAUAAUUAAGGGUUUAAAAUGAGAAAAAAACAGUAAAUAUUUUCUUAAGUCCACGUCCACUCACAGCAUGCUCUUGUUACGUACUAAGAUAAGAUGUGCGUGCACGUCUUUGGGGAAUGACAUAAUAUGGAGAGGCCCAUCUAACUAUUUAUACUGAUGGGUCCACGUAUGUCGAUUACUGACUAACUGCUCCAACUGCUUGUGAUGAUGACGCAAAAAUUAUGUACAUUGAAAGAUCAAUACGUAUUCUGAUUUAACAUAAAUGUGUAGUGAAAAGCUUCUGUAUGUUAGCGCAUAUAUACAUUUUAGUCGAAAUUUAUUUUCCACUAGCGUCUACUGUAACUGACGGAACAUUUAUUGGUGUUAGCUUUUAUUGUUAUGUCAUUGUUACUAAUGCAUUCUGUACACGAUCGUGUCGUUGCGUCUAUCUAACCAUAAUACCCGCUCUAAGUUCUCGUGCGAAUCGCGCGCGAAUCCGUUAUCACAAAAGAUGGAAAUAUAUUAUUAUAGUCCAGUAAUAUCAGGGUGGCCUAUGGCUAAAAAUGACAAUUUUUAGUUGACCGAUAGUUGGACGACUUUUUAAUUGUCUGUGGUAUAGUUGGACGAUUUAGUUGGGCUGUCAUACAUCGCUAUACCUGUUCUAUAAUCGGCCGAUCAAGUCGGCCAGCUAAAAGUUGUAAGUAAGUGGGGGCUCUUAGAUUUAAUCUGGGGGAAAAUUCCUACUGAGCUGAUUUUUGUAUACACCUUUAUUAUGGUGUUAUUAUGAAGAUGUGAAAAAUCGACGAUCGAUAUCGUGCCGGCUUAAAUAGUUACAAAGGUCAAAAGGUAGUAGUUUAAAAUACCUAAAAUUACUGGACUAUGUUAAUGAGAACAGCACAUAGAGGUUUCGCGACAUUUUCGUGCGAUGUUCUUCGGUUUUUGCUCCGUUACAAAGGAUUCGCGAAUCAGAUUCGAGUGUAAAGCAGAUGAGAUAUUUUGCGAGCGCCACAGUUGGCGUCGGAUUCUCACGACGUUUUGGAGCUGUCUUAAGACUUUGAAAACAUUGCAUAAGUAAAACAAUAUUCUGUCGAUUAGCAAAGCCAAAUGUCGACAAAAAUUUGGCAAAAGAGAUUAAACAACGAUCAUGAAUUACCAAAAUGAAACUUCUACAAGGAAAUUUUAAAUUAGUAACGAAUUAGCAGCGCCUCUGUUUCUGCAAAUGAUUAUGGGCAAUAGUCAUCACAUAACAUUGGGUGACACGGCAUAACGGUUUUCGUGUCAAAAAAGCAAUAAACACACACACACACAUGCUUUUCUGCAUUCAAACACUUGCAAAAAGCAAGUUUUUACUUAAAAAUAUCUAAGCAAUGUAUGUAUGAUGAGAAAUUAAUGUAUAAAUUAAUGUAUGAGCAAACCUUUAUUACAAUACAAAUAUAAAAGGUUCCAAUGAUUGCCGAUAUAAAUGUAUUAAAGAAAUUGUAUACUUUUAUCUUGAUAUCUUUCAAGGUCACGAUAAAAUGGUCACUGGGACAUACAGAUAAGAACAAGCGCUUUUUAUCCACAAUUUUUGAGCAAUAUUCAAUGUUGUUUUUAAUGGUGAUGUUGAGAAUAACUUUGCUUUACGAGUAAAACCGAGGGAUAUAAUCGAGGCUUAUAAAUCGCAAUUUAAUUUUAGACUGCGUCGUGAAUAAACAUUUAAAUAAAUACUACAAUCAAAGUAAAUGCGUCGAAUAAUUAUGACGUCAGUAAGCCCAAAAUGUGCAUACGACACAUCUCGAGAAGAGUCAAAUGUCGACCAAUAGUGCCGAAAUCUAUCGCUGUCUCUGUUGUCCCAUCGGAUCGAAAGAGAGAGCGAUAUUUUCGAUUGAGUUUGAGUGGUUUUGGUAGACGGGACGACAAGAACACGUGUCCGCUUUUAUUCGUAACCGCUUGUACAGUGUGCCUAGUGGGAGUUUUCAAUAUUUUCAUACUGUUAUUAUCACGUUGACGUAAACGCAAAUUUAUAUGGAAUUGCAACAGUUGUCCACUAGAUGGCGUUGUUUUAAUUCCUUAGAAAUUCGCGUUUACGUUACGUGACAGUAACAGUAUCAAACUGCCACUAGGCCCUCUGUUCGUUUUAUACGAAACGUCAAUGUAUUGUAUGUGGUAAAUACCUACGCCGAACGUCAAAACUGGAUGGAUACUUCUUCCAAAUAUUGUGAAGCCUCUGAAUAAUUCCAAAUAUAUUUAUAUUAACUGUUCAA